CAUAAUUUUUUGAUAUAUUAAUAUAAAGAAACACUUGUAAUUUUUUGUCUGCUUUUGUUCAUUUUCUGACUGACAAAGAAGAACACAGAUUUCUUUCAACAAUUCCUUCCAGUGAACAAAAUGAAAAGACUCAAUUUUCUGAUGCCAUGUUUUUGAAUGGAUAAUAUUAAUAGACUUCUGGCAAGCACAGUUUCCAAACCUCCUUAAAGAGCACCGUUCAGACAAUAUCAUCGACACCACAGCUCAUCCUGAUGGGUUGUCUUAACUUCACCAGCGGAAAUGAGACCUUGCCUGGCAGGCACCCUUACACUGUGCAGACCUCUGUGCCUCUAAUGAUCCUGGUGGGCAUCCUCAUCCUGCUAACUGUGUUUGGCAAUGUCAUGGUAGUAAUUGCUGUAAUCACAAGCCGAGCCCUGAGGGCACCUCAGAACUUGUUUUUAGUGUCUCUGGCAUCUGCAGACAUCCUGGUUGCCACCUUAGUGAUGCCAUUCUCUUUAGCGAAUGAACUGAUGGGUUACUGGUACUUUGGUAAAGUGUGGUGUGAAAUCUACCUGGCUUUGGAUGUGCUCUUCUGCACCUCAUCCAUUGUUCACCUAUGUGCCAUCAGCCUGGACAGAUACUGGUCCAUCACUCACGCGAUUGAGUACAACCUGAGAAGGACACCGCGCAGGAUUAAAUGCACAAUCUUCGUAGUUUGGGUACUGGCAGCCAUCAUUUCAUUCCCUCCACUUAUCACAAUGAAAAAGGAAGAGGGCAAAGAGGACAGCCCUGAAUGUAAAAUUAAUGAGGAGAAGUGGUACAUCAUAUUCUCCAGCACUGCCUCUUUCUUUGCACCCUGCAUCAUCAUGAUUAUGGUGUAUGUAAGAAUCUACCAGACUGCCAAGAAAAGAACAAGAGCUCCACCAGGAGAAAGGCAAAGAGAAUAUGGCAACUCAGGCAACCUGGAGAGAAAAGAUGGAGAAGGGAAGGAAGUGGAAGGGCUGAACGGCAGAGAGGUAAACGGGCUGGACAUGGAGGAAGAACCCUCCUCGUCUGAUGGGAAUGAAACCAUCCUCUGUUCGAUGAAGAAGAAGAGGGGUAUGAGGGCAGCCAAAGUAGCUCAGGUGAACCCUGGAGAAAGCUCUCCAAAGCCAGAGGCACAGCCCUGUGUGAGAGUGAGCAGGUGGAAAGGAAGGCAGUACAGAGAGAGGCGCUUCACAUUUGUUCUGGCUGUGGUCAUGGGAGUGUUUGUUCUCUGCUGGUUCCCCUUUUUCUUCACAUACACGCUCACCGCUGUGUGUGACACCUGCUGUGUCCCAGAGACAUUGUUCAAAAUGUUUUUCUGGUUAGGUUACUGCAAUAGCUCACUAAAUCCAGUUAUAUACACUAUAUUCAAUAAUGACUUCAGGAGGUCUUUUAAAAAAAUUGUUUGUAAAAGGGACAGAAGAGGUUUGUAAAUUAGAUUUUGCUGUAAGUAUUUCAAAAACAGUAUAUUUUGGUCAUCAACAUUAUUGCACCUAUCAGUGUAAAUAUUACAUUAAA